GCGAGUGUAUACGUACGCAUGUGUGUGUGUGAGAGAGAGAGAGAGAGCAGGAGACGGAGAGAGAAAGCGAGAGGACGGAGAGCGUGGGGGGUGUUUGAGUUGCUGCUGCUUGUGCCGGUGAAGAGGAAAUAAUCACAGUGUUGCUUCCUCAUGAAUUAUUAAGAAGCCCCCCAGCCUCUUUUUUUUAGCUUGAGUCAAAAUGCUGCAUUUUCUUCUGUGGCUAUAAAGCAAAGAGAAGGUUUGUUGCAUGUUUUUUGUUGUUGUUGUGUUUUGUUUUUCUAGGUGUAUCAAAGCUGGUAAGCAGGACUCGUAAGCGUGCCGAACAAGUGCUCAGAUGAGCAGUCCGAGCGCAGGAGCAUCAGCACUGGAGAGCUGGAACUGAGAGACAGAAGCAGUUCUCUCCACUGCACGCGACAGCAGCGGCCGCUCUCGCUCUCGCUCUCGCUCUGCAUGCCUUUUUUUCUCUUCUUUUCUUUCUGGAGUUGAGAUCUUGUUCGUCAGAGCAACGGGACUUAGUGGAUACUGGGGCUCCAAGCUGUUAUCCAAGCAUCCCAAACGCAGACCUGGCUGCCCACAUGCCGAUCGAAUUUGUUUGCAAAAUCAAAUUUGCAGAGGAGGAUGAGAAGCAGAAAGGCAACCAGGAUGGGGACAAGGAGAGCCUGAUCGAAGAGAGCUGCAGCCCUCCAGCCAAGGACCUGGCCGGCUUCGCCAGUGCCUGCUCGCUCCAUGGAAUUAACCACAUCUUUGUGUCGGGCCGGCUGGGCGUCAGACAGACCCUCUGGGCUCUCGCGUUCCUGGUGUCCCUGGCUCUCUUUCUGUACCAGGCGGCAAAGUGUGCCAUCUCCUACCUGGAGCAUCCUCACGUCACGGCGCUGAACGAGGAGGCCACCCCGGAGAUGGUGUUCCCCGCCGUGACCAUCUGCAACAUCAACCGUUUCCGCUUUUCCGCUCUUACCGACGCCGACAUCUACCACCUGGCCAACCUGACCGGCUUGCCCCCCAAAAACAAAGACGGCCACAAACCCACCGAUUUGGAGUAUCCCGCACCGGACAUGCAGGACAUCUUCAACCGGACGGGUCACCAGCUGGAAGAGAUGCUGAAGAGCUGCAACUUCAGUGGGCAGAACUGCUCGGCCGAAGACUUUACAGUGGUCUACACAAGAUAUGGGAAAUGCUACACUUUCAACGGGAACAAAACAACCUCCAGGAAGACAAAGCAAGGAGGGAUGGGAAACGGGCUGGAGAUAAUGUUGGAUAUCCAGCAGGAUGAAUAUCUACCUAUCUGGAAAGAGACAAAUGAAACAUCUUUAGAGGCAGGAAUCCGUGUUCAGAUCCACAGUCAGGAUGAGCCACCCUACAUCCAUCAGCUGGGCUUUGGAGUCUCUCCGGGAUUCCAGACCUUUGUAUCCUGUCAAGAGCAAAGGUUGACCUACCUGCCCCAGCCUUGGGGGAACUGCCGCUCCACCAGUGAGCAGAUGAUCCCGGGUUACGAUACCUACAGUAUCAGCGCCUGCCGCCUGCGCUGCGAGACUCUUGAGGUUCAGCGUGUGUGCAAAUGCAGGAUGGUGCACAUGCCGGGAGAUGCCGAUAUCUGUACUCCCAGCAAUAUCAAAUGUGUGGACAAAGCACUUGCACUGCUGCAGUCAAGUUCAGGUGACACCUGCUCCUGUGAAACUCCCUGCAACCUGACGCGUUAUGGUAAAGAGCUGUCCAUGGUUAAAAUCCCCAGCAAAGGCUCAGCUCGCUACCUAUCUAGAAAAUACGACAAGUCUGAAGACUACAUCAGAGACAACUUCCUUGUUUUGGAUAUUUUCUUUGAAGCUCUAAAUUAUGAAACAAUAGAACAGAAAAAAGCAUAUGACGUUGCAGGAUUAUUAGGGGACAUUGGCGGUCAGAUGGGUCUUUUUAUCGGAGCCAGUGUUCUCACCAUCUUGGAGAUUCUGGAUUAUGUAUAUGAGGUGAUCAAACACAGGUUGGAGCGUUUGCUCAGGUCACAAAGAGAUGACAAAAAGCAAACCCAGCAGCAGCAACAGGCCAGCACAGUCGCCACAGUAAAGCUGGAGGAAAUGAAAGCUAAGGAUUCUGGCGAGAUGAGCCGGAGCCACUCGGAGGGAGCUUAUGCUAACACCAUCCUCCCAAAUCACCAUCACCACCACCGUACCCACCACCGAGUGUUCGAAGACUUUGCCUGCUAGGAAGACCCGUCUGUUGACAUCUACAGAAAGAGUUCUCUCAGUGCUGAAGGUGGGCUCAAUGAAAGACCCUCAAAUCUCAGCACUAAGCUCUCUCGCUGUCACCAGUUAAAGCUCACAGCCAAAGUCGAACUCUAAACCCUUUGCUUCUAACCGAAAGCAGGCACGGAUCGGACAUUGCGGUCCAGCAGGAGACUCGCUGAAAUCCCGUCCUGCCCACCCACCCACUCCUCCCUCCUAUUGCAGGAAGUGACAUCCGUGGCAACUCUACGAUUUCUACACUGAAUACCUUGGUAUUGGGCCUCUACUAUAUCAAGGCAUAGACUGCAUGACAUCUAGAGCCACUUUAUACUCCAGAUCCUGUUUGAAGCAUUACAUUCUUACUUUAUAUUUUGUCAGCUGUUAGAGUUUUAUUCGGUGAGUUCUCAUCUUGUGAAAUAUUAUAAUUCAGAUUAAUCUACAAAUGUAAAUGAUGUAUUUGAAUCAUGGCUAUCAACCCUUAGGAUCCAGAGCUUAAGAGAAGUAACUUAACUCUGGUGUACUGAAAUCAUGGGGACGGUGUAGAAUAGUUUAAGUGUUUCAGAGAAGUAAUAUGUAUCCAUCUCUACUGGAUAUGUCUGGUAAAUGUUUCCUUUCUCUCAAAUGAUUUAUGAUUAAUUUAACUUAAAGUAUAUUGAAUAAUCCACAAAUUUUGUAAUGUUAUUUAUAGAGCUGUAACGUGUGAGUGGUAAUGGGUGUCAUUAGCAGUAACAACAUAAUCUUCUUGUGAGGUUACUUCCCAACGGAGAGCCAAAUGAUGUGUACAGUAAAGCCCACUGGCCCACCAGAGCCACAAGAAGCUACUGCGGUAACCAUAUUGAAAAGGUUCGUUUCAUCCAUCCAUCAGCUGAUGGAUCCACUCUCCCAGACCUCCCAAAAGUGUUUAAUAAAACAGACCUUAUGUUCCUAGCUUCACUUUUGAAUGAGACAGAGCGCAACAGUCCCACAGAGAAUGAUAAACCGGAUUUGUACAGCACACUCAAAGUAUGAGAAAUCUGAUGCGCCACAGCGUAUGGCUACACGUUUAAAAGUCUGUUGAUGAGUUUUUCUCAGGGUUCUUAGCUGUGAAAUGUCUAGCAUUUUCUUUGACAAAAGGCCAGAUGUGCAAUGCAUUUCAAUCAGAAACCACCGCCUUUUUCAGCAAGUGCUGACAUUCAAUGACAAUUCACAGACUAAAAACUUUUCCAUUUUAGUUACAGUCCUAACAUCGCAAAUGCUGGUAUUGAAUUUGUGGUUACAAACAUGGCUAAUAUUACUGUAAGCUGAACGUGUAGCACCCCUAACUUUUUUUUUGGAAAUGCAUUACUUUGUAAUCAGACAUUUCAGGUGCAGUUCUUGUAUAAUUAAUGUCUGAUGAUUUCAUUAGCUUAAAGGGUGUUAUCACUUUAUUAUGAUGUGUGUAAGACUUUACUGUUUAAAGGUUGUGCUAUUAAAAUGAGCAGAAAUCAUAUAUAAUAAAUUAUUUAUAUAGUACUAUAUCUCAUAUAACAUUGCACACAUAUAUAUUCAUAUGUGUUGUGCUAAAUGUACUAUAUAAUUUUCUCCUUCAUAUUUGGUACUCAUUUUCUGGACUUUUUUUCUUUUGUUUACCUACACUCUAAAAAAUGCUGGGUUAAAAACAACCAGUACUGUUUUUUUUUUUUUUUUUUUUUUUUUUGGCAACCCAGCACUGGGUAAAUAUUGUACACAUGCUGGGUUAUUUUGACCCAGCUGGUUGGGUUAAAUGUUUUCACCCAGUAUGCUGGGUUGUAUUAUUUAGCUCAACUUGUGUUUACAAAUUACCAUACACACAGAAAAAUAGGGGUUUAAAAUUGUACUAUUUAGGGUACAACAGCUUGUCACUGGAGCUGAAAUAGACAUUUUUGUACCUUUUUUACCCCUAAUAGGUACAUAUUACUACUGUAAGGUACUAAUAUGGACCUAUUAGGAGUUAAAAGGUACAAAGAUGUGCUUUUAAGGGUACUGCUCCAGAGACAAGCUGUGGUACCCCAAAAGGUACAAUUUUAAACCUCUAUUUUUCUGUUUGUACUAUAUACAACCUACAAAUGUAACAUUUAAAAGUAACAUUUUAAUUAAAGUGUAUUAAACCGUUUUCUGUCAUCCCUUUUUACCAAAAUAGUGCUGAUUCUUGUGCCGGUGUGUAGCCAAAAACUGACCCGGUGAUGGGCUGCUGCUCGGCGGGGAACUGCGAACCUCAAACCGCUGCCCCGCGUUCCACUCGUAGCUGAAAGAUGACGUGACUGACUGACUUAAUAAAUUGCCCAUAAACAAACAGUACGGAGUUUUGAGAACAUAUUUUAACAAAUUAAAUUCAGUAUUAUAACGAAUACAAUCAGAGGCGUCAUACCCAUUCAGAUUUUUGAGCCAAGUGGAUUUUGCCGCUUAAUUUUUACUGUAUUUGAUACAAUGGCACUGGCUGG